AUGACUUCAACCAAUACUGCCACCGCUACAGCUACUACUGCCACAACUACAAAUACAAUAAACCCAAACACAACAAUUUUAAAUAAAUCAGAAAGAACCGAAGAUAAACUUGGUAUUAAAUUAUUUUUAGGCAAAACUAAACCAUGGAGUGGUUUAUUAAAACAAAGAUUUUCAGAUUUUAUUGUCAAUGAAAUCGAUGAAGAAGGUGUUGUAACUCAUUUAAAAGAUGUUACAUUUAAAGAAGAGGCAAAGAAAGAGGUCACUUAUGAAUUUGCACCAGAACAAGAAUUAGAAAAAUUAGUUGGUGAAGCUAAAACUAAAGAAUUUGUUGAGUUUUUUAAUGGUCCAAACAAAAGUGAUGCAAAAUCAUCCUUUCUUUUUGAACCAAAUGAUAGUAAAGAACAAAGAACUGAUUUACACAAAUUAAUUAAAACCAGAUAUCAAUUAACAACUGAAACCAUUGAUGGUAAAGUUAAAGUUUGGCCAGAAGCCAACACCAAAAAAAAAGGUAAAUUUAAUGAAAGAUCAUGGCCAGAAGACAAAUCCAAAUAUAUUCAAUUUGUAUUAUGUAAAGAAAAUAGAGAUACCAUGGAUACAAUUAGUAUGAUAUCAAGAAUGUUGGGAACCAGUGAUAAAAAUUUUUCAAUUGCAGGUACUAAAGAUAAAAGAGGUAUUACCACUCAAAGAAUUACAGUUUACAAAGUCACUCCAGAUAGAUUAGCAAAUUUAAAUCAAAGAUUAUCAACUCAAAGACCACCAAUUGGAUUGGGUGAAUAUAAAUUUGUAAAUCAACAUAUUCGUUUAGGUGAUUUAAUGGGUAAUAGAUUCUCUGUUGUAAUUAGAGAAAUUCAAGAUGCCACCGAUCAAGAUAUUAUCGAUUCUGUUGAAAGUUUCAAAAAGACUGGUUUCAUCAACUAUUUUGGUCUUCAAAGAUUUGGUACAGGUUCCAUUCCAACUUAUGAAAUAGGUAUUGCUAUGAUUCAAAACAAUUGGAAGAAAGCAGUUGAUUUAAUUUUAGAUCCACGUGAGGGUGAACGUGAAGAGGCCACCAAAGCAAGACAAUACUAUAAAGAUACUGGUGAUGCCAAAACCACCAUUACCAUGUUACCACGUGGUUUAAAUGCUGAGAAGAAAUUAUUAAUCGCAUUAAAAGGUGGAAGCACAAACUAUCAAGAUGCUUUCUACAGUAUUCCACGUACCCUUCGUAUGCUUUACACCCACAGUUACCAAUCAUUAAUUUGGAAUCUUAUGGCAAGUCAAAGAAUUGAAAUGUUUGGCUUUGAUAAACCAAUAGUUGGUGAUUUAGUUAUUGAAGAAGCAGGUGUAGACUAUGUAACUGAAGAAGAUAUCAAAAACAACCGUUACACAAUUCAUCAAGUCGUUUUACCAUUAAUUGGUUCAAAUACUCAAUUACCAAAGAACAUUAUUGGCGAACUUUAUAUUAAAGAAAUGGAGAAGAGCAAUAUUAAUUUAUCACAAUUCACCACAAAGAACCGUUUAAUAGACCUCAGAGGCGGAUAUCGUAAACUUAUUGAACAUGCCUCUGACUGCACCUAUAAAAUCUUUAACUAUGACGACUUUACCAUUCCACUUGCUCUCUCUGAUAUAGAUUAUCUCAAUGGAAGUGCAGAACCAGUAGAUGUACCAAACGGCAAACAUAAAGCCCUCAGAAUUUGUUUCAAUUUACAAAGUUCAACCUAUGCUACCAUGGCUUAUCGUGAAAUUUUAAAAACAUCAAGUGAUAUGAGCUCUCAAAUUAACAUGAUUAGUAAAAAUGUAAAUUCAAAUAACAAAUCAAUUAUUGAAAAGAAAAGAAGCCUCGAAAAUGAAACUGAAGAUAAAAAGGAAAAUACACAAGAAGAAUCAAACAAUGAACAACCAUUAAAAAAACAAAAUAUUAACGAAUAA